CUCGGUGGGCGGGAAAUGCCUCCCCUCCCUGUGCCCCCCUGUUGCUCUCUUCUGUGCCUGACACGACAGACCGCGCCCAGACCUCCCCAGGCCCUUGACUUCUCCGGCAGCUGCACCUGUUCGCUUCGGAAAGGAAGCCUCCAGGGCACUCCCUGCCGGAGAAGCUGCUUGGGUUUGGGGGGAGGUGGAGAUCAGGAGGCUGGCCCUUCAACCGCUGCAAAGGGCUCAGCCAUCGCCAAGAUCGUGGGUGGCAAUGCAGGCCGGCUGGCACACUUUGACCCACGGGUGACGAUGUGGGUGUUUGAGGAAGACGUCGGGGGCAGAAAGCUGACAGAGAUCAUCAACACACAGCAUGAGAAUGUCAAAUACCUGCCAGGGCACAAGCUGCCCCCCAACGUGGUGGCUGUCCCAGAUGUGGUCCAGGCCUCAGCGGAUGCUGACAUCCUGAUCUUUGUGGUGCCACAUCAGUUCAUCGGCAAGAUCUGUGAUCAGCUCAAGGGCCACCUGAAGGCAGAUGCCAUUGGCCUAUCUCUUAUUAAGGGGGUAGACGAGGGCCCCGACGGGCUGAAGCUCAUCUCUGAAGUGAUUGGGGAGCGCCUUGGCAUCCCCAUAAGCGUGCUGAUGGGGGCCAACAUUGCCAAUGAGGUGGCUGAUGAGAAGUUCUGUGAGACAACCAUCGGCUGCAAGGACCUGGCCCAGGGACAGCUUCUGAAGGAGUUGAUGCAGACACCCAAUUUCCGUGUCACGGUGGUGCAGGAGGUGGACACGGUAGAGAUCUGCGGGGCCUUAAAGAACAUAGUGGCCGUGGGGGCUGGCUUCUGUGAUGGGCUGGGCUUUGGCGACAACACCAAGGCGGCGGUGAUCCGACUGGGGCUCAUGGAGAUGAUCGCCUUCGCCAAGCUCUUCUGCCACGGCCCCGUGUCCUCCGCCACCUUCCUGGAGAGCUGCGGCAUCGCCGACCUCAUCACGACCUGUUACGGAGGGCGGAACCGCAAGGUGGCGGAGGCCUUCGUCCGCACAGGAAAGUCCAUUGAGCAGCUGGAGAAAGAGAUGCUGAAUGGACAGAAGCUGCAGGGGCCCCAGACAGCCCAGGAGCUGCACAGCAUCCUCCAGCACAAGGGCCUGGUCGACAAGUUCCCUCUGUUCAUGGCUGUGUACCAGAUAUGCUACGAGAACCACCCAGUCAGUGAGUUCAUCUGCUGCCUGCAGAAUCAUCCAGAACAUAGCUGAGCGGUGCUGGGGCUGAGGCCAGGCAGCCUCUUUACACCAAUGGAGACAGGCAGAAGCUUGGGGUGCCUGGCCAACAGGAUCUCUGGGACUUCACACGGAGGAGCCUCUUCUCAGCUUCUCACCGGAGGACAGGAGGCUGGGGCCCAGCUACCUGCCUGGAGAUCCUGAAGCACCAAGCAGCCCGCAGCCUCUUGCCGCCACAUUUCACCAGAAAUGGAGUUGCCUGGUCCCUCUCUGGCUGUGGGGAGGGGCAGACUCAAGCCCAGCUCUGGCUGCUUUGAGUAUGUGGGGGGAGCGGGGCAGGGGAAGCAGGGAGGCAAGGCAACGGCUGUCUACUGCUGCCUCACACAGACCAGGAGUCCUGUCCCCAAGCCCAGUUACUGGCUAAAGAAGUACCUCAGCUGCAAGAGGGAUGAGGCAAAGGCUGCCAGGGAGGGGUCCGGGCUUUUGAGCUGACUCAAGCCCCAGGGACCCCUUUGCUCUGACCUCUGCCAGGCCCCACAUGGCAUCAAUGAAUCUCAGUGUUUGUUAACAAAAUACAAAGAUCUCAAACAA